GGGUAGGAAAACAAAAUUACGAUCUGAAAUAUACAUUAACUUCAUAUUUGAUUCUGUUUUUUAUGCUUUGGGUCCUUUCAUUUUUUAUUUUUUUCCAUAGCCACAAGCUCAACAAAUGGAACUACAGAAGAUCAAAACGAAAAAAGAAACAAUAGGCAGCUUUGGAUAAUUGUCAUGCUAAUAAUACCUCUUUCGAUGCUUGUUUUGGGCAUUGCUAUCUAUUUUAUCAGAAAAAAGCUUCAGCCGAGGGGGGAGGAUUUGCUAAAAUUUGAUUUGGAAAUGAGCCUACAAGCUGAUGAUACAGACUUGAAUGAGGCAAAUAAGCCUGGAACACACCGAAAAAACAAAUGGAAACUCCAGCUAUUCAGUUUCGCAAGCGUUUCUGCUGCAACAGAUAAUUUUUCAGUUGCAAAUAAGCUCGGUGAAGGCGGUUUUGGAGAUAAUUUUUCAGUUGCAAAUAAGCUCGGUGAAGGCGGUUUUGGACCUGUUUAUAAGGGAGUGUUAUUGAAAGGUGAUGAGAUAGCUGUUAAAAGGCUAUCAAGAAGAUCAGGACAAGGAUGGGAGGAGUUGAAAAACGAAGCAAUUGUGAUAGCCAAGCUCAAGCACAAGAACCUUGUCAGGCUUCUAGGAUGUUGCCUUGAACGAGAUGAAAAGAUACUAAUUUAUGAGUACAUGCCGAAUAAGAGCUUAGAUUUUUUCCUUUUUGAUCCUAUAAAACGUAGGGUACUUGAUUGGGAGACUUGUGUUCGGAUCACGGAAGGGAUUGCUCAGGGACUUCUUUAUCUUCAUCAAUAUUCCAGAUUGCGGAUUAUUCAUAGAGAUCUGAAAGCGAGUAACAUUCUGUUGGAUAGCAACAUGAAUCCCAAGAUUUCGGAUUUUGGAAUGGCGAGAAUUUUCGGAGGAGAGGAAUUACAAGCAAAUACCAGUCGAAUUGUUGGAACUUACGGCUAUAUGUCCCCUGAAUAUGCCCUCGAAGGCCUCUUUUCGGUGAAAUCGGAUGUGUUUAGCUUUGGAGUCUUGUUAAUGGAGAUUGUGAGUGGGAAGAAGAACACUGGUUUUUAUCAGCAUAACUCUGUCCAUCUUCUUGCCCAUGCAUGGAAUUUGUGUACAAGCAACAGAGAAAUGGACUUAAUUGAUCCAAUGCUGGAGGAAGUGCCUACACGUUUAGCAUUGAGAUAUGUUAACAUAGGGCUACUUUGCAUUCAAGAAACCGCAGAUGAUAGACCGACCAUGUCCGAUGUUGUCUCAAUGCUUAGCAAUGAAAGCCUGGACAUACCUCCUCCUAAACAGCCAGCUUCCGUAAAUGCAACGAGUAUGGAGAAAGACAUGUUGGUGCAACAGAGAAGGUCUGAAGUUUGCUCAGUAAAUGAUGCAACAUUUUCAACCUUGGAUGCUCGGUCAAUGAUACCGAUUGCUUCUGCUGCUUUGGCAAAUAUUUAUAUAUGGCUUCUGCUACAGAUCCAGUUUUCUUUGUUUCAUUUUGAUUACUUAAAAGGUAAAAAAAUGAUCUCAAAAACCCAAUUUGUUUAUCCUGUUCUCCUGCUGAUGUUCUCAUCCCACAUAUUCAAAUAUUCAAAUGCUGUGGUGGACACAAUCUCACCAGGGCAACAGUUGAAUAUCUCACAAACUAUAGUAUCAGCUGGUCAAAUGUUUGAAUUAGGAUUUUUUCCCCCUACCAAUUCAACCAAUUACUAUAUGGGAAUUUGGUACAAGAAUAUCCCGGAGAAAACAGUUGUUUGGAUAGCAAACCGAGAUUAUCCUGUCACUGGUUCCGCAGUUUUAAGUAUUAGUGUUGAUAGUAACCUAGUGAUCAGGCAUGGUAGGAUAGUCUACAUGGUGACAGAUAUAGUAACUAAUGGAAAUGUCACUGCUACAUUGUUGGAUUCAGGAAAUCUUGUUGUGAGAGAUGAAAAAUCUAACACCUUAUGGCAGAGCUUUGACUUCCCUUGUAAUACUUUCUUGCCUGGGAUGAGACUUGGAUAUGAAAACAGGAAUGGAAAAAACUGGUCAUAUGUCUCUUGGAAAAGUGAUGAUGACCCAAGUCCUGGAAAUUUUACCAUGAAAUUAGAUUCUGAACAAGGAAAUAGGAUUCUGAUAUUGAAUGGAGAUGAUGAAUACUGGAGAUCUAAGCUUUGGGAAGAGGAUUCCAACGUAUUUGAGAGCCCUCAAGAAGUGAGAUUAAACAUGUUCAAUUUUAGCUUUGUUUCUUAUCUCUCCAUGGCUUAUCUUACUUACAACCUCUAUAGGGAAGACCUCAUUAGUAGAUUGAUGAUUGAUUCAAAUGGACGGCUAAGACAAUUUUCAUGGUCGGGAAAUGAGUGGGAUGUGUUGAACUCCCAACCUAGAAACGCUUGCGAUGUUUUUGCUUACUGUGGAGGCAAUUCGAGCUGCACCGAAGUUCCAUCACCAAAUUGUAGCUGUUUACCUGGAUUUAAACCAAACUCACCAGAAUAUUGGAACAAAGCAAACUAUAAGUUUGGAUGCUCAAGGAUAAGUAGUUUGCAGUGUGGCAAUGACACUAACAUCAAGGGUGCAGAGGAUGGAUUUCGUAUGCUGUCUAAAGUAGUACUGCCAAAGGACCCGCUGCCUCUACACGUUCAGACUCUAAGUGAUUGCCGUUCAUCCUGCUUGAAUAACUGCUCCUGUGCUGGUUUUUCUUAUAUCAAUCAAAGUUGCUCCAUCUGGAUUGGCGAACUUAGGAAUUUGCAGCAACUUUCAGCUGAUGACAUUUCUGGCACAGAUUUUUUUCUCAAGCUAUCGGCUGCUGAUUUGGGUACAGGAAAACGCACACCAAGUAAGAGGAAGCAGUUAAUUAUUAUUAUAUCAGUGACCAUCUCAGCGUCAAUUCUUGCUUCAGCCUUGUUCAUUUGGAAAGUGAAGAUGAAAAUGCACAAAAGAACAGGGGAGGACUUGUUAUCGUUUGAUCUUAGCAUUAGUCCAGAACCUACCAAAAAUGAACAAUCUGGUGUAAAACAACGCCAGAAACAUAAGAAGGAAGUGGAGAUUCCAAUCUUCAGCUUUUCUAGCGUUUCUGCUGCCACAAACAACUUCUCUGUCUCAAAUAAACUUGGAGAAGGUGGUUUUGGACCUGUAUACAAGGGAAAAUUAUUGAAAGGGAAUGAAGUAGCUGUAAAAAGGCUGUCAAGAAAAUCUGGACAAGGUUGGAAUGAGUUAAAAAAUGAGGCAGUGCUCAUAGCCAAACUCCAACACAAGAAUCUUGUGAAACUUCUUGGUUGUUGUAUUGAAGGAGAUGAAAAGAUUCUUGUCUAUGAGUAUUUGCCAAACAAGAGCUUAGACUUAUUCCUCUUUGGUACCAAUAACAUUUUUGCACUAGCUUGGGGAACUCGUAUUCGGAUCGUUGACGGGAUUGCUCAAGGUCUACUUUAUCUCCAUCAAUUUUCCAGGCUACAGAUUAUUCACAGGGAUUUGAAGGCCAGCAACAUUUUGUUGGAUGAAGACAUGAAUCCAAAAAUUUCAGAUUUUGGGAUGGCAAGAAGUUUUGGAGGCACCGAACCACGAGCAACCGACCGAAUUGUUGGAACUUAUGGCUACAUGGCUCCAGAGUAUGCUCUCGAAGGUGUCUUCUCUGUGAAAUCAGAUAUCUUCAGCUUCGGAGUUUUGUUGUUAGAGAUUUUAAGUGGCAUGAAGAACACUGGCUUUUAUCAGAGCAGUUCCCUCAAUCUUCUUGGAUAUGCAUGGGAUCUGUGGAUAAGCAGUAGGCCAUUGGAGUUGAUGGAUAUUGUAAUGAAAGAUAGUUCUUGUGCCAAUGCAGCAAUUAGAUACAUUAACAUUGCACUUCUGUGUGUUCAAGAACAUGCAGCCGACAGACCAACCAUGUCUGAGGUUGUCUUGAUGCUGAGCAAUGAACUUACCUGCUUGCCUUCUCCAAAAAGACCAGCUUUCUCAAAUGUCAGAAGUAUGGUAGACUCGAUCCCAAAUCCAAGUCACUGGAAGCCAGAGACCUGUUCUGAGAAUGAACUAACAAUCUCAGCUAUGGAUGCUCGAUGAAACUUUGUAUUUGCUUACCUUUUUUUUUCAUUUUCCUCUUUUUCAAUUCAUCAACAAAAUUAAUUGCAGGAGGUUUCCCAUUAUAUAUAAAAACACCAACUUUAAAAUUAGAAA